CUAAGUGACCGGUAAAUCUCGUAAUCCUUUCUCGAACGGAACGAAAAGCUCUUGGCGCGAGGACCGCCUCGACCUGCUCCUCGCUGACCUGCGCAACUCAAUCGAGACUCUAACCGUUUUCAUCUCAUGCGACAGAUGUGCGACUCGAGUAGAGCAGAACAUGCUGCUUGCCAUGGCGGCUAGACAAAUCGGGGUCAUCUGCGGCAGGAUCGCCAACUGUUGCAAGGCGAUGCAUCAGGGUAGUCUAAGCGAUACAGGCUCCUUGCAGCGGGGAAAUGAGCCUGUCCUCUGUCCGAUUCCGGUUGAUGUCUCGGUUGCCACGUAUCGCGUCAACCGACGUGAGAAGCUACACCUGCUCGGCAGCCUUGUGGUGUUGCAGAUAAUGGAUUUCCAAAGGCAAAUCAAUAUAAGCAAAUCUCGAUAUCGCAAUCGGCCAAAUAAAGGGCAAGUAGACGCCCUCAAUCAAGUUGACGCAGGCUUCGCUCGGCAGUGAUUCAUGACACGGUUAGAUAGCGAUAAUAAAGGGAGAUGACGCACGAACUCAUGCUACCCUACGCAGUCUUUCACGACCGAUGUAGCCCUCUAGUGUUUCCCUCAUUCGUCUGACGGAGGGA